CGGGGUCGCGGCGAUCAUGGUGCCGCUGGGGCGGGGAAGGAGCCGCCGCCGGCACCCGAUGAGCCGUUCCGGCCGGAGCUCGCGGUGAGAGGCGCGGAGCCAUGGGCGAGAACAGCCCCGAGGGCAACGCCAUCUACUAUGAAGGGGAGGAAGACGAUUUAGCCCAGGAUGAAAAUAUGAUGAGGUUUGCUGACAAAAACGGGCUGGUGUCCUCCUCGUCCGGGACGGUGUAUGACAGGACAACUGUGCUCAUCGAGCAGGACCACAGCGUGCUGGAGGAUGAGGAGGAUGAAGGACAGUGUGGUGACCACUUGCCUUUUUUACCCGAGGGUCACGAAGAAGGAUUUCAUUUAAUAGCAGAUCAUGAAGGGAUGUCACAGGGUUACGUGCAACACAUUAUUUCUCCAGAUCAGAUUCAUCUAACAAUAAAUCCUGGUUCAACUCCCAUGCCAAGGAACAUCGAAGGAGCAACUCUCACUUUGCAGUCUGAGUGCCCAGAAACCAAGAGGAAGGAAGUGAAGCGCUACCAGUGCACCUUCGAGGGCUGUCCCCGCACCUACAGCACCGCUGGCAACCUGCGCACGCACCAGAAGACCCACCGGGGGGAGUACACCUUUGUGUGCAACCAGGAGGGCUGUGGCAAGGCCUUCCUCACCUCCUACAGCCUCAAAAUCCACGUCAGGGUGCACACCAAGGAGAAACCCUUCGAGUGUGAUGUGCAGGGCUGUGAGAAGGCGUUCAACACACUGUACAGGUUGAAAGCACAUCAAAGGCUUCACACAGGGAAAACAUUUAACUGUGAAUCAGAAGGCUGCAGCAAAUACUUCACAACGCACAGUGACCUGAGGAAGCACAUCAGAACACACACAGGAGAAAAGCCAUUUCGGUGUGAGCAUGAUGGCUGUGGGAAGGCUUUUGCUGCAAGCCACCACCUCAAAACACAUGUUAGAACACAUACUGGGGAGAAACCCUUCUUCUGUCCCAGCAAUGGUUGUGAGAAGACUUUCAGCACCCAGUACAGUCUCAAGAGUCACAUGAAAGGUCAUGAGAAGGGACAUACCUAUAAUGCACUUCCCAAUAACAAUGUGUCUGAGGAUACAAGUCACUCACUUUGUCUGAGUGAUUUAAGCCUCAUCUCAACAGAUUCAGAGUUGCGGGAGAACUCUAAUCCAACACAUGGACAGGACCUCAGCACAAUCUCACCAGCAAGCAUCUUUGAGUCUAUGUUUCAGAGCCCAGACCACACUGCAAAUCAGGAUGACUCUCAGCAGACAGCAGCCUCGCUGAUUGAAGGCUUUAACGGCAACGCAGACUCGGUGGCUGCGGUCCCGCCCCCAGCAGCAGACGCGGCCUCCUUGUCCCUCCCCCUGGUCCUGCAGCUCGGCCUCCCCGAGCCGGCUCAGGCAGCGCUGCAAGGCUCGGCAGCCCCUGCUGCUCCCUCCUCCAUCGCGCCCAGCUCACAGCCAGCUGCGUUUGGGAAUCCUGCUACUGUUUUACAAUCCCCAGAAGUGCCUGUUCCUCACAGCACACCGUUUGCAGCCAGUCACCAAGACUUCCUGCAGCACAGCCAGCCUCCACCACAGCCCAUCGUUCAGGGACUGUCAGUGGUAGCUGGGGCUCCUGCCCCGACAGCCCCCAGUGCCACUGAGCCCCUGCCAGCUGUAGUCCAGACUGUGCCUGUUGGUGCAAACCCUGUUCUGACCAGUAACCCCACUAUAACCAUUACUCCUUCUCCAAGCACCGCCAUUCUGCAGCCCAGCAUUGUCAUGGGAGAGCAGAACUUACAAUGGAUCUUAAAUGGUGCCACUGGUUCCCCACAAAGCCAAGAACAAAUGCCACAAGUUCCAAAAGUAGUAGAAAAGGUGUUUUUUACCACUGCAUUACCAGUAGCUGGUAACACAGGAAGCCCUGUUCAGCAGAUUGGUCUCAGUGUUCCUGUUAUCAUUAUCAAGCAGGAGGAGGCCUGCCAGUGCCAGUGUGCCUGCCGAGACUCUGCCAAGGACAAAGCCACCUCCGCCGUGAAGAAGGAAUGUUCCUCACCUGAUUCAAAAGCUUUGGAGCAGCCAGCUUCCCAGCUGCAGCCUCAGACCUUUCCUUCCUCCUCUGCUCCUCCUUCUUGUGGGCAGAGCAGUCAGAUAGUUAACCCUUCAGACUCCCAGACUGAAACUUUAAGUGCCAUGGAUGUAUCGGACUUCCUGUCCCUCCAAAGCCCUGAAACCCCGUCUAAUAUAAUUCCAAUUGAAGCACUACUGCAGGGUGAGGAAGAAAUUGGUUUGAAUAGCAACUUCUCUAAGUGAAGAUGUUCCAGAUUUUCCUUUGCACCUGGAGGGUAAAACCCUUCUCCUUAGAAGCAGAAACUGAAGGAUCGAUUCUUAUUCCUUCCUCUUUGGAAGUUUUGUGGCUUAUUUCUGCUUCACGGAUGUCAUCUUAGUCACGUCCCAGGUACAUCCACCUUUGAGAUUCUAUCUAAAAAAAGAAAAGGUAAAAAAAAAAAAAAAGAAAAAAAAAAGAAAUAGCUAAGUUAUAUAUGAACUGUUUUGGCUGCACUGUCUGUCACUUUUGCUUGUCAUAUGUGAACACAGAAGUUAAGGUUACUCGUGUGCAAAAAGAUUUUUAAAAGGAAAAGGGGGGUUACUUUGUCUCCAAUUGCACAUCACUUACGUUUGGGAUUAAGGUACUGGCAGCAAGUGGGUCUUUGUUACAACUUCUUGGGUCUCUAAUCUUCUCCUGUCUCUCAUGUCUCUACUAACCAUGCACUAAAGGGGAGCCCAGGAAAGGAGGCUGUGGGGGAGGAGAUGGCAUAGCUGGGGGAGUGGAUUUAUCUGCAGUGUGAUUUGAAUGUGAUGGUCACAUACCUGAUGAGGAGCUGGUGCCUGGUUUUGCUGUGUACUGCUGCUCUUACUGAAGCCUCCAGGAGCUUUGGGGGAGUUUAUUUCAGAAUAGAUCUGUUCAUUUAAUUCCACUAGGACUCAAGUGUGUUGCAGACACUGUGUCACAACAUGGAAGCACAGUCAGAGCUGCUGCUGGCUCUGGCUCCAGAGUCUGUUGUCUUGGCCUCUCCAAAGGGUGCAGUGAGUGCCAGGUGUGGUCAGGUUGGUGCCUGCUGCUCUUUUGAUUUCUUAGGCUCUGUUCAGCAACAAGUCAUCAUCCUAACCCUGGGACUGUUGAAUCAGGAGCACGGUGCCUUUGCUGGUUACUCUCAUCUUUUGUGAAGAACAACCCUUAAAAAAAUUUUGGGAAAGAGUCAACAUAAAUUCAGUUGGAAUUCAGUGAGUCUGUCCUUCAGUUGUCCAUACAUGCUUCUUUUUUUUUCCAGUGAGCUAUAUAAUUUCUGCCUGACUCUGCCUCCAGCCUGCUGCAAUGCCAGCUUUUUGUGCACGGGGCUAUUUGUUGACUAAAAGAUGUUACUCAACAGAAUAGUUUUUCAUAUCAAACUGAGAGUCUAUAUUCUAACCUACUCAGGGUAAAUCAAAUCCAAACCCCCCCUUCCACCAAAAAGCCUGUAAUGUUGCAAUAAAUGCAGUCUCAUUCUAAAUGGUUUAUUUAUGCUGCAUUAUUUUAAAAUAUGUAAUUUUAUAGUUUUUAUCCAUCUUUCUGGCUUUGGCUGUCAGUUUUCUUGUGUUAAAGGAAAAGAAUAUUAAAUAGUCUUUAUUCA